AACGAGAAGUAAGUUGCGCUUUUACCGCUGGAGGACAAAUCAAAGAGUGGGUUGGUUUGAAGUCUCUCAGCGGACAACGCCCACCGAUGUGUCUGAGUGACCCCAAAGUUGCUAUUUUGGGCUGAUACAGAAAACACAAUAGCGCGCCGUGGGCUUUACGUCAGGCAGCAAGCUCUCUCUCUGCGCAUUUCUGCACAGGUUCAGCAGUCGUGAGCGCGGAGACGACACAUCAACUGUCUCAACGAGAAAACAUUCAACGAGAGAUUGUACAUUUAUGCUGCGAGACAUAUAUGAGCACAUUUGAUCUUAUUAUUGGACGCCAACUAAGGAGCACAAAUCUUCCUUCUGCACACCUGUUUUUCUCAAUCUAAAGGGGUAGCUGUCGCGUCCUCUGUGCCCUGAUAUUCUUUCACACCUUUAAUCGUCAGGACCACCGUGACACAGCACAACCAUGCCUAAGAGCAGUAAAGUGCUUUUAACAGUAAAGCAUGAGCACAUUAAUGAACCUGUCACAGAAUCUGUGGCCGACCUUCUGGCGCUGGAGGCUCCCAUUGACUACAAGAGCAGCCAGAUGAGCAUGAACAUGGCGGGAGGGGGGGCUCAGCCCAUUGGCAAACAAGACGCCUCACCCGACCUGGAAGAUGGUCGUCCUGCCUGGAACAGUAAGCUGCAGUACAUCCUGGCCCAGGUGGGCUUUUCGGUGGGCCUGGGCAAUGUUUGGCGUUUCCCUUACCUUUGCCAGAAGAAUGGAGGAGGUGCCUACCUUGUUCCAUACUUCAUCCUUCUUAUCCUUAUUGGUAUCCCACUGUUCUUCUUGGAGCUGGCGGUUGGCCAAAGGAUCCGUCGCGGGAGCAUCGGAGUGUGGAAUUAUGUCUAUCCACGACUCGGUGGUAUUGGAGUGUCCAGCCUGAUGGUGUGUGGCUUUGUGGGUCUGUACUAUAAUGUGAUUAUCGGCUGGAGCAUCUUCUACUUUUUUCAGUCGUUUCAGUACCCACUGCCCUGGAGUGAAUGUCCCAUCAGGAGAAAUGGCAGCCUAGCCAUUGUGGAACCCGAGUGUGAGAAGAGCUCUGCGACCACGUACUUCUGGUACCGUGAGACCCUGAACAUCACCAGCACAAUUGCAGAUAGUGGGGGUCUGAACUGGAAGAUGACUCUGUCUCUGUUUGCUGCCUGGCUAAUUGUCUGUUUGGCUGUUAUAAGGGGCAUUCAGUCUUCUGGGAAGGUGAUGUACUUCAGCUCUCUGUUCCCUUAUGUGGUACUCUUCUGUUUUCUGGUGAGAGGGCUGUUUCUCAAAGGAGCAGUAGAUGGUAUAGCUCACAUGUUCACUCCCAAGCUGGAGAUCAUGUUGGAGCCACAGGUAUGGCGGGAGGCUGCCACUCAAGUCUUUUUCGCAUUGGGUUUGGGCUUUGGAGGAGUCAUCGCUUUCUCCAGCUACAACAAGAGAGACAACAACUGUCAUUUCGAUGCCGUUCUGGUCUCCAUCAUCAACUUCCUGACCUCCAUAUUGGCCACACUAGUGGUGUUCGCUGUGCUGGGCUUCAAAGCCAACAUCAUGAAUGAGAAAUGUGUGGUGGAGAAUGCUGAAAAGAUUCUGGGCUACCUGAACUCAAAUGUGCUGACUCCGGAUCUCAUCCCUCCUCAUGUCAACUUCUCCCAUCUCUCCUCGUCUGAUUAUGCCGAGAUGUAUGGCGUGAUAAAGAUCGUGAAAGAAGACAGUUUCGCACAGCUGGGGCUGGAACCUUGUUUGCUGGAGGAUGAACUCAAUAAGGCUGUUCAAGGCACUGGAUUGGCCUUUAUUGCUUUCACAGAGGCCAUGACCCAUUUCCCAGCUUCUCCCCUCUGGUCUGUCAUGUUUUUCUUCAUGUUAAUUAACCUGGGCCUGGGCAGCAUGAUUGGUACCAUGACUGGCAUCACCACACCUAUUCUGGAUACCUUCAAAAUUCGCAAAGAGGUCCUCACAGUGGGCUGCUGCAUUGUGGCAUUUUUCUGUGGUUUGCUGUUCGUCCAGCGUUCAGGGAACUACUUUGUAACCAUGUUCGAUGACUACUCGGCUGGUUUGCCUCUCACCAUCGUGGUAAUCCUGGAGAAUGUAUCUGUAGCCUGGAUCUAUGGUACCAAGAGGUUCAUGCAGGAUCUGGAGGACAUGCUGGGUUUCAGACCUUACUCUAUAUACUUCUACCUAUGGAAGUAUGUGUCUCCAGUGUGUCUGAUCAUACUGAUUUCUGCCACUGUUGUAGAGAUGGCCAUCAGCCCCCCGGGAUACAAUGCAUGGGUGCAGGACCUGGCUACUGAGAAGUUUCAAAGUUAUCCUACUUGGGCACUGGUCAUGUGUUUUGCUCUCAUUAUUGUGGCCAUGCUUCCUCUCCCAUUGGUUUUCAUUGCUCGUCACUUUAACUGGCUCCCUGAUGGCUCCAACAAGCUUUCCGUCUCUUACCGCAAAAGCCUAGCGAAGGAGGCCUCCACCCUGGAAGACGAGACAAGGUUUAUACUGGGUAAGAAUCCCAGCGAAACUCCUUCUCCCAUGCCAAGUCACCGGGCUUAUCUGGGCCCGGGUAGCUCAUCUCCUGUGGAACUCAUCACCAACUCUACCUCCAUCAGCGGUUAUGGCAGCAGUUACCAAACCAACCCCGCCCCUCCCAAAUCUGAGUCAUGAUUCUCCAACCCACAGACUGAGAUGGAAAGAGUGAGAGAGAAGAGAGGAACAUACUGUUGAGAAGGUCUUAAGUGUUGGUUACACCUUAACCCCGGCCAGAUGAGCAGGACGACCAGAAAGUGGAAAGCCCAUUUAUUUGUACAGACUUAAGAUGUCGGUCUGAAGAUGAAAAAUCCUGGGCUUUCUGUAUCAGUCACAAGAGUGAGUGUAAGGUGAUGUAUUUGGUAAGCUGGUGAGUUAACUUUUUAUAUACCGAGACAUUUUGUUAAACAUUCCAGCCACUGGUUAAAUGACAGAUCUGGUCACCAUUCCUAUUUUGGUCCCAGUAAAUGUCAUUGGGGGUUACACACCCAUAUUUGAGUGUUUUGUGCUGAUAGUUUUCACUCAGGUUAAGGUGUUACCAAUACUGCACAUGAGAUGCCAUUUUCAUUUAAACCCAACCUUAGAAAACUCAGAGGGGGCUCAGAGAAACUAAUCUUUCACUUAUUAAUUAUGGAUAUCAUAUCACUGUUAAAUACAGAUAAGUAGAGAGGAACAUUAGCUGUGAUACUUGUUAGCAGACUGAAGUGUAUGUUCAGUGUUGUACAGUUUACAGAUUUUGCACAACAACAGUUUGUCAUCGUACCACAGGAGGCCGAUAUGUAUUCACACAACGCACAUAGUCUCAGUGCAGUAUCAUAUAUAUAUAUAUAUAUAUAUAUAUAUAUAUAUAUAUAUAUACAGUAUCAUUGUCAGGAUCGAAUUACAUUUCAAACUGUAAUACCUAGAUUAAAUAGAGUAUAUAUUAUACUUAAUUUUAAACUAGAUGUUUUUAUUUUUAUAAAUAAAACAAAUGUGACAGCCUAAUGAGAGGUUAUAUGUAUACAGCACAGGAAAUAAGAGUUGCAAUAAGGAGACAGUUUGAGCCAACUCCACCAAGCACAACAGCUUACGCAUUUAACACCAAUUUUCUGCAAUACUAGAAAUAUUUUUAAGGCAUUUGUUACUGUUCAGUCUCUGAGUUUGUUAUUUGCAGGCUUUCAUUUCCUUUGAAAGGAAUGAUGCUUGGUGGAGCAUGCUUUUAGUAGUAUGGCAAGACAAUAUAGUCCUUAUCCCAAGUGAAAUUUCUAAAGAAGACGUAUCAUUUUAAACGAUAUUCAGUUAUAGGGUUUACAAAUACCAUGUGAUAUUAUUUACAUUUGAGAAAUUUGUUUGCAAAACUAGCAAAUUGUUUUUUUUUUUGCAGUUUAAAAAACGAAUUAACUUUAUUUAAAAUGAAAACAUGACACAGUGGAACAUGCAAAUGGUAAAAUAUGUAAAAAGAAAUAUAAUAUGUUAAUGUAAAUCGAAAUGAUGUAAAAAAAAAACAGGAACCAAAGUUUAGUCUGUCUCAGUUUGUGUAACGUGUAGUCCCUCCCUUUAUGUGUUGUUUAGGGUGAAUACAGUGAAGACUAAUGUGAAUCUGAACUGCUGCUGUUAAAAGCUCACUGCCUAAUAAUCUGAAAAUCUAAACAAUACUCUUGUUUUUAGUUUAGCUUAUGUGCUCUUGUAAGAUACUUUGCUCCCAAUGAAAGAGAUUAACUUCAGUAUUCAUUCCAGUCAGAAUAGAUUGAGGGAGCAGGGCAGGGAUGAAGAGGAGAGAAAUGUGUGAAGAUACGAGCAGGAGGAAUUGUAACACAGAUGUAUAAAACAGCACAGCGUUUGAUCAACCAGCUGCAUGCGGCUUUUGCGUCUGUCACAAAGACUGUAGAGGUAAAAAUAGACACAGACCAGGCUGGUUACCCUGGGGAACCUGUGGCAAAGAGACAGAGCGGCUGCAUGGUAAUGAGUCCUAGUCUGGGUGCUUAUGGGUUGGGAGGAGGCUUUGAGAUGGUCCUGUAAGGGCCUUCUGGUAUCCUUAGCAACGACUGCAUUUUCAUGACAAAUGGGGGGAAAUAAUUCACAAGCUGCAGUCUUUUUGGCCCGCACUUGCACUGUGAUGGAUUGCGGUGCCAUUCUUUGAAAUAAAUGAUGGAGGUUAAAAAUAUAAAGCCAUUCUUCCAAAUAAGAAAAUGGAUGUCAAAUACAGAAUGCUCUUUUAAAAGUAAUAGUUUACCCUAAUAUGAAAAUGACUUUCUUUCUUCAGUCUAACACAAAUCAUUUUAUAUUGAAAUGUUACCGUGUUAUCUUCUUAUGUGGAGGUCAACACUGCGUUUCAGAAGGCGCAUACAUCUAUUAAUAAAAACGUGAGGAAAGUAGCCACAGACAUCAAUGAGAUUCGACGUUAUGGGUUUUGGGUAGAAGGGUGACAGCAAAGGUAGAAAUCUCGCGAGAGGUAGGAUUGGGAUUAAAACAGCGGUUGUGGGUGGAGGGGAUACAGCUACGACCUCAAAUCCCGUGAAAUGUUGGGUUAAGGGUCAGGAUUAGGAUAAAACAAAGCUCAACUAGGGAGAUUUUACGAGAUUUCUGCGUUUGCUGUAUCUCUUCUAGCCGCAUUACUGAAGUGCUGGCGUAUUUUAAGAUACCGCGCUGCUCUGUCUGUUGCUAUUGAUACACAAUAUAUCAUUUGAUAAAUAGCCUAAAAUAUUAAUUAUUUUUCUAUUACAAAAGUAUAAUUUUUGUUUAAAAUACAUAAUUAAUCCACUGGCGUAAUUUUGUUUACUUUAUUAAUAUAUGAUCGUGUUUUUAAUCAUGAUGAGCCCCAUUUUUAUAUAAAAUUGUGUUGUUGAAGAAAGAAGUCAUAGCCUAGGCCUACAUCUGAGAUGACAUGAGAGUUUGGAAAUUGAGAUAAUUAUAUUUUGGUAAAUGAUUCUUUAUGGUGAAUGAAUCGGAGAGAUUGAUCAAUCGAGCUCAUAGGUUCAGAAAUCAGCACAGGCUUUGUUUGCAUCAAAAUGUGUAUUUUUGAAGUGUGUAGUUGUUCGUCAAGUGGUUAUAUGUCUAUGUUUUUCCUGCACUAGCACAAGAUUGUCCACAGGGUGGCGCUGUUGGGCGGUGAUUAGUGAGUUAAAGGUGUGUCUCUGCAUUAUCCCUCUCUGAGAUAAAUAUUUCACCCCUCCUCUAAGCACAGCAGGUGCCUCAUUUUCGCUUAGACUCGUCUACUGAUGAGAAUUAAAGAAAUAUUUAAUUUGUUGUUUACUCGUGGCACUUUGAGGUUUGUGCACUUUACCUUGUCCUAAAAAGAGGCCUCCGAGCUGCACAUUAAAAGCACAAUAUAACACUUGGAUUGGUUUUAGACUGCACAAAUUGUUUUUAGCAUGAAAAAUGUGUAGUUUCAUUCAUGCAUUUUCAUAGCCCCUUUGAUCCAAAGUAAAAAUGGUAUACAUGGCCUCCUAAAUAGCUGUUAAGACAUACACUACUUUAAUCUUUCUCUAUAUAAAAAAUGAUAUUCCAAAAAUAUUCAUUUAAUAUUCAAGUAAAGGGUUCAGAAGCACCAAGAUAUUAAACGUACAACUUUCCUAUGUGUCUACUACACUAAAUCAACAAAUAUUCAGAAAGAAUGACAUUUUAAUAUAGCACAAACAAAUGGCACAAAUAAAGUCUCAAAGCACAUUGAAACAAACUGCUUUCACCAGCAGCGAAACCAAAGCUUUAAGGUGCCAAAGAAUGCAUUGAAAUAAUCUGUUAAAUUGAUAUCUACAUAGAAGGUAUGUGGCUUUAUUAUUUAAGUAAAUAAAAAUUAUCCAGAGAUGGUUUUACAUGUGCAUUUACAACCCUAGGAUUUGCAAUUAGAAUAAAAUUGUCUGUUAUUACUUUAUUUGAAAGGGUCAUUAAUAAUAAUGUUGAGCUCUGCUCUGAUUGGCUGUUUCUCAGAGCAGCUCCUUCAGUAGCUCUGUGUGUGUGCGUGUUAUAUUCUACGGCACCUUUAAGAAUGUACUCAAUGAUUUUACCUACACAGUGGUCUUCGUAUUAUUGAAUGUAGUAUCACACCGAGCAAAAACAAAUUUGGCAGGUUGAUAUUAUGUGAUCUUAAAGUCUACAUUAGUUUACCUAACAAUGUACUGUAGUAUACUGUUUAAGUUUUACUAAACAAAAUAUACUGUACAUAAAUUAAGGCCAAGCACAAUGAUCAGCAGAUGAUUUACAAGUAUGAUCUUAAAAUGCAUUAGGAGCAUAAGGUUAAAGUGCUGCUGACCAUGACAUUUUGUUGUAAGACCGCACACUUUACAUUGAGAUCCUAAGCACAUGUAAUGGUCACAAGUAGUAGUAAUGGAUUAAAACAAUAACAAUCAUACAGUACAUCCAGGAAGUGGUAACUUAUUAAUACAUAACCGCAAAUGGUCUUUGUUUGAAUAGCAUGCAUUUACUGCAAUCUAUAGGUUAUAUAUCAGACAUUACAGUAACAGAGAUUAUUAGUUCACAAAGCGUUGUACAAUCUAGAAUCUAUACAUGCGUCCAAAAGUGACACAUUUUCAUCCAAUUUAUACAAAAAUAAAAAAAAAAAAUAAUCUGAUAAUGAGAUUAGGACCAUUAAAUUUUUAUUUAUUUUUAUAUUGGAUGCUUUUAUGAAAACAGUAAAUCACUAAAAAUAACUUAAGCUAGGUUUUCACAAGCAGGGUCACAUUUUUCAAUUGGCCUAGUUGAGAUUUCUUAAAUGUAUAAUUUGUAUAACAGUCUGAUUCUUACAUUUACAAUUUUUUUUCCGAAAAAUGACUAAGUACUUUUAAUUUGCUAUGAAAACAAUGAAGUGCAGCUCUGAGACCUCUUUUCAUUUCAGUUUUUCUAGCAUAAAUGCUGAGCCAUAUUUAAGUUGACUGUAACUUUAUGAAAUGUACAACUAGCAUCUCUUCCUUUUCAAGAGGUGCUAGAGGCCAUAAUGUUUGUAAGGAAAGUGCUUUAUUGUAUAUUUAUGUACAUGCGAUAUAUGUAAAUAUUGGUGUACAUUUUGUUCAAUGAAUAAUAAGAAAUCUAUGAAAGGCAACAAGGUGAAUUCUUGUAACACUGACGUGUAUGAUAUCGUUGUACAGUUAAAAAGUAAAAUACCUGAAUAUUUUGUAAAUUGUGUAUUAGUGUACGUGCUGUGUAUGGGGUAGUGUCUGUCGUAUCAGGUGUGUGCGUGUAUGUGUGUAUAAAAAAGCUGUUUUAUUUUUGCUAUUUUGAUGUUGUGAGUCCCUAACUUUCCUCUGAUUCACCCCAGCUCUUGAGUUUUGGUUCUCAUUUGUCGUCCUACUGUAUUUGCACUGCAAAGAUUGUUGUUAGAGUACUUGAACUGAAUUAUAUUUUGCUAUUAAUGUAAACGUUGCUUUAAAUUUGUUGUAGAUGUCGGCUUGUCAUACAGCCAGCACCUUCUGUACGCUCCUACGGCCUUGGUAUCCGCAAUGUUCUUGUUCUUUGCUGCUUAUUGGUUUUCGUUAAAAGUUGAAAUGUUUAUGCACUUUUAAGUUUAGUCUAACAGUGCAUUCAUUAUUGGUAGUGUUAGAUUAACAUGCACUUAGCUGGGGCAUUUCAUUCUUUGACUUGAAAGUAUACAAGUACAAAGAAGGGAAGUCAAAAUAGACUCCUGCACUCUGGAAGUGCUAUUGUAAUCAUUAGAAAUAUACUUGAUGUGAAUGUAAACAUAUUUUUUAUCCCCCAAAGUACAUUAAUUUGCGGGAUAUUUAGGAAGAAGGGCACUGAUGAAACGUGUACUAUUACCCUCCAUAUUAAGUCUACACUUGUGUGCUGUACUAGUCUUAGAUUUAUAAGCAAUAUUUCUGCAGGCAUUUACUUUGUUGGUUAGAUGGUCCAUGAGGCUGAAUGAACAGCUGCUAUUCUGAGAGUUGCAGCAUCAGCCCGCUUCACUGUUGGAGAAGAGCAAUGCUCUUAUACUUUUUGUCAAACCCUAUUCUGUUGGGUAAGAGCACAUUCAGAUCACUAACCACAGUAUACUGUUAGCUACUGUGUGUGAGGACUAUUCUCUAGUCUCUUAGUCAAUGUUAUUGAUAUUGUACAGUAUUUCCGAUUCACUUGGAAAAAGAUAAAUUAUGAAUAUUGAAUAUGGACCAUCACACAAACAAAUAAUAAAAAGUUGGUUCACAUGCUAAAA